GGCUUUGACGUUAAGUUAUUUUGCUUAGGUGCUUAGUGAUAACAGUCAGAGUGUACCAUUCUAUACUUUCCACGCGAGUGAUAUAAAGACGCUGGUAGAAACACUGGUAAUAAAUGUAAGAUUCCCGAUUGGAAUCAUUGUGUUUUAUAUCGUUGUGUUUUCGAGUGAAACUUUUUUUUCGAAAAACGAGUCUGAGUAAUCGUUACGUGCAAUUUUUUUUUUUUUCGCCUACCUAAUUAUAUGUAAUUUGCAUUUAAAUACAUAUUUACAUUUUAUCUAUAUCUAGUAAUAAAAUAAAUUGUAUCAUAAAUCUCUGAUUGCUACGCUAUUAACAUUUUUUUUAUUUUUUUAACUUUUAUAAAAAUUUCACGGUGAAAAAUUAAAAUAUUUAUAAUUUUGAGAAUAUAUAUCUCUCUCUUUCUCUUAUCGAUAUGAAAACCAUAAAUAUUUUGAACAAUAUAUGACAUGAUUCGAAGAAGAUUCGAUUAAAGUGUUUCUGUAAAAUCGAUGAAUGAAUCGAUGUGAAAUGAAAUAAUUGUGACAUUAAAUACAAGUAUUUACAUGAAAUUGAAUAUAUGGAAGUGGAAAAAAGGAAAACUUUCUUUCUCCUCGCAACGUCUGUGAUUUUUGUAACAGGAUGUAUAUACGCCUGGAUCCAGGACUCAAAAGUAUGGGAAAGAGUAAAACGACCAAAUAUAAUCGUGAUCAUGGCCGACGAUCUUGGGUGGAACGACGUGAGUUUUCAUGGUGCCAAUCAAAUACCCACGCCGAACAUAGACGCCCUGGCCUACAACGGUGUUAUAUUACAACGACAUUACGUCCUACCGAUAUGCACGCCAUCAAGGACAGCCUUUCUCACAGGCCGUUAUCCUAUUCGAACAGGUAUGCAAGGUUAUCCAUUGAAAGCGGGUGAACCACGUGCGAUACCUCUAAACAACACUCUUCUACCUGAAUACUUGCGAAAAUUAGGAUACGCCACGCAUCUUGUAGGAAAGUGGCACGUUGGCUAUUAUAGUGAUUAUCACACACCAACUCGCCGUGGUUUCGACACGUUCUUUGGAUAUUAUAGUGGUUACAUCUCGUACUUUAAUCAUACCAUUAAACAAGAUGAUCACAUUGGAUACGAUUUGCAUUACGACAAUUCAAAGAAUUUGUCCAUCGAUUACAAUUUCGAAUACACAACCGAUCUUAUUACAGAAAGAGCCGAAAAUAUAAUUAAGAAUCAUGAUCGAAGAAAACCUCUUUAUCUUCAAUUAUGUCAUUUGGCCGCUCAUUCUAGCGAUGCAAAAGAGGUUAUGGAAGUGCGCGAUGAGCAAGAAACGAAUGCCACUUUAAAAUACAUCGAAGAUUAUAAUAGGAGAAAAUAUGCCGGCGUGGUUACCGCGAUGGACGAAUCCGUUGGCAGAGUGAUCAAGGCGUUGGGACAAUCGAGUAUGUUGGAAAAUUCAAUUAUCGUUUUUAUAUCUGAUAAUGGCGCGCAAACUGAAGGAUUAUUGGAGAAUUACGGGUCAAAUUAUCCAUUGCGUGGGUUGAAAUUUACACUUUUCGAGGGUGGAAUUCGUGGUGUGGCAUGCGUUUAUUCGAGAUUAAUACAGAAUUCCUCGAGAAUUUCCAAUGAAUUGAUGCACAUAACCGAUUGGCUGCCGACGUUUUAUUCAGCGGCUGGUGGUAAUUUGGAGAAUCUGGAAGAAAAUAUGGACGGUGUCGAUCAAUGGGAUACGAUUGUCUCUGGAAAAGAAUCAAAGCGUGAAAGCGUGUUGUUGAACAUCGACGAAGUGGAAGAUGUUUCUAGCGCCUUGAUAGGAAAAUACAAAUUAAUUAUUAACGGAAAAAAUAUUCAAUAUAAUGACUACUAUGGCGAUAAUGGUACGAGUGUAUCAUAUCCCGAGUACAAUGUAUCGAGCGUUUUACACUCAAUUGCCGGUUCUACUAUUUUUCACGCGACAAAUUUCACGUUAAAUAUCAAGGAUGUAAUUAAGCUUCGAAACAAGGCAAGGGUUGUUUGUAAUAAUUUCACAAGUUACUCGAAAUGUGUGGAUAAAUGUUUAUUUGAUAUUUACAAUGAUCCUUGUGAAACGACAGAUUUGUCCAAUGAACAUCCUGAAAUUGUCAAGAAAUUAAAUUAUUUUAUCGCGGAAUACGAAAAAGUUUUAUUACAUCAAACGAAUGCUCCCGUAGAUCCACGUUCUUAUCCUGAAAAUUUCAAUGGGACAUGGAUGCCUUGGAUACAAUUAUCCCUAAAUGAAAUUCCAAUUUUAUAUUGAUUAACGAUUUAAAUAAGUUGCUGGAAAAAAUCUAUUUAAAGUAACAUUAAGUCAAGAUGAUUUUGUUUCAUUUGCAAUGAAACAAAAAUUAUAUUUAUUAUAUUUUACAAAUAAUUUUCAAUAAUUUUCAAUACUUUAUAUUGUAUAUACUUACACAUUAUUUAAUUGCAUCUAACUUAACAAUCUAAAGAAAAACGUACAAUGAAAAUUAUUAUUAAUUAUAUUAUUAUUAAUUAUAAGCAGUAGUUAUAAUGAUUUGGAAUGAUUCAAAAUUAAAAUACGAAUCAAUUUAUUUCAGAACUAAUUCUACCGAGUAGAAAAAUAUUUUUCUAAUUUGCCUGAUGUUUCAAUAGUUUGAGAAGCCACUCAUGCGUAAGACUCCUGAUUUGAGAAGGGAUGAGGAAAAAGUUUAUCACGGGGGGGAUUAAUUCCUUUUUUUCUCGGCGACGUUAUUAUAUACAGAUUAUGCAGAUGAGACGCCAUUCCUCGAGAAACACGUUGAUAUUAAUUUAAUUGCAUGACAUCGAAUUAAUUAAUCUAGAUUUCUUUCUUCGCGAAACCUCAACUUUUGAUAUUUUGCAAAAUUUAUUGAUAUUUCGCAAACGAACAAAAGAUUGGUAUUGCACUGAAGUUCGUCGCAAAGAAUCGCUAAUCCUAUCCCAUAUAUCAAACGAAAUUAUUAACGUUAUUCCUUAUAUUAUUAUUGCCUCAUUUAUCAAGAGAUUUUUAAAAUGACUCAAAGCAGCAACUGAAUCGUAAAUAUUUAAAGAAUUUCUAUCGAUCAAAAAUCGGUAAUCAAACGUCUAUUUCAUACGUCAAACGACUAAAUUAUUAACAUUGUUCCUUUUUUUUUUGUUAUCGUCCUAUUCAUUCGAAGUUAAAUGAUUCGAAGUGCCAACUGUCCGGAACGUAAAUACCUAGAAUAGUACUACAUCACGAAGGGAAACGUUGCAAAAUAAUCGAAAUUGAAUGAUUGCAACUCGCUUGGACCGUAAAUAUCCUAGAAGAGGUUAUAUCUAUCAUAGAAACGGGACAAUGCGCGUGAAUAGAAAAACACGUUUCUUCGAAGGCGAUGAAAUUUCCCGGUUUGGAUGAUCCGUGACAAUACGACAAUACGUGAAUCAUCGGAAGAACGUUCGCAUUAAUUGCGCGGGUACUUUCACCUCGGCUGUGAAAAUGACGGUCGAAUGAAGCGGCGAGCGGUGGCGUCGAAAGAGACGAAAAGAACGGGUUAAAAGCGGUUUAUUGGCGGAGGACUGCAAAGGAUGGCCGCUUCUUUCGUUCCAGAUUAUUUCCUCCCAUUAUUCGUCGAAGACGUCUACCAUAAAAAGGGGGCAAACAGAUCCGGCGACAGCUGCUUGGCUAUUAAAAGCGACUUAAACCUCAAACCCCCCCGCUCGACACGAUCGCAAAAGUUACCUCUCCCGUUCCACGGGUCCUCCCUCCCUCCCUUCUUCUCCACCACCCUUCGCGAUUACGCACAAAGCCAACGUGUGUACACACAGACCGGGACUUUUCCUAGCAAAUAAGCAAAUUGCUAAAUGAGCCGUAACGCCAACUUCCGUGGCCACAAAGAAAUAAUAGGGAAGAAGAAAGAUCAAACUUCGUAAGAGGAGGCGCCGUGAUCUUUUCCUCGUGGAAACGAAGGAAGGGAUUUUCCGCGAUUGGGAAAAUUGUAUCGUUUUUUCAUUUAAAUAAAGAAUCUCGUGCAAAGAAA